AGUAGCAAAGACCAGAAGACACAGACCAAAACACAAUUAGCCAUGAAAUCCAUUGUAAACACAUCAUUCCUCAUUUUCUUCUUCCUCUUCCUCUUCCUUGUAUCUCAAUCUGCCUUUGCUGCCCGAAAAACAAUAAACCCUCAAAACCCCUGCAAACGUAUGGUCCUCUAUUACCAUGACCUUCUCUUGAAUGCCAAUGGCACCGAUGUGGAUAAUUCAACCUCUGCAGCCGUCACCAACCCCACCAAGCUAGGCAACUAUGUCUUCGGCAAGCUCAUUGUUUUCGACGAUCCAGUGACCCUGGAUGAAAAUUUGCACUCUCCACCGGUGGCUAAAGCACAGGGGAUUUAUGUCUACGACAUGAAAACCGAUUUCACUACUUGGUUUGCUUAUUCUCUCAUCUUCAAUUCCACCGAGCACAAGGGGACUUUGAACAUUGUGGGAGCCGACCUGAUGAUGGAGAAGACAAGGGAUUUCUCGGUGGUCGGUGGAACGGGGGAUUUUUUCAUGGCUAGAGGAAUUGCAACCAUUACCACCCAGGCUUUUGAGGGAAUCAAGUAUUUUCGCCUUAAGAUGGAUAUUAAACUGUAUGAGUGUUACUAGUUUUCAACAUUAAGAGCAUGUAUUAGCUAGCCUAACUAAAUUUGAUCCCGUACUUGCCUUUGGACUACUAGUUUUGUCACUCUCAAUAAUAAACACCCAUUUUGUGG